AUGGAAUACAAGUUCCCCUCCACUCAGGAGGACCCGCCAUUAGGGGACAAUGGCAUCAAGAACAACAAUAUUGAUGAGGCGCAUUGUGAAAUGAUCGAUUCUCUGAAUCGCCUGACUCUGGCGACAGCGACUCCAUUGCCUUCAUCACCUCCUCUUUCUCCUGUUCCAUCCCAUCUUCCCCCUUCUAGAUCUGUUCAAGCCACUCGACCUGUACCUGCUAUUCCUCUGCAGCCCAACCAACCCGUUCAAGCUGUCUCUUUACAAUCAAAUCAGCCUGUGCAAUCUGUCUCACCAAAGGCCGGUUAUGUUUCUGUCCGAGACGAACGACGCAAGUCAAUUACACCACUACAAAAGCGCAAGUCCGCUGCAUCUCUUCGUUCUGUCUCACAACCACUCAAAUCUUCAUCUCCAACUCCUGAUCCUUCACGUCGCAUAUCAUUCACCUCUGUGGGGUCGCCAACCACCGCAACGUCACCCACGAUGCACCCCGCACGCCUUGUCUUCAGCCCAGCUCCAGAAGCUCCAAUCCCAACUGCUUCGUCUGUCGCUGCUGACCACUUCUCGAAGGAGCUUGAAUUACACCGAUCUGGUGGUGUCAACACUAAAACUGCAGUUGUUGUUCAUGACGACUGCUACGGCCAUCGUUACUCCCAGCUUGAAGCACCAAAACGAACUAUCGACAGUAUUGUCGAAAGACCAGAGCGCAUCCGCGCCUGCGCGGUAGGCAUUUCUGCAGCUUAUGUCCGUCUCGGCUCUCGGUAUGCGGAAGAUCUCGCGCCAAACCCAAGUUUGAGCUUGAACGAGAUUGACGUUCCCUUUCAAAUUAUCAAGACUGAUCGCAAGGUGCAUUUGUCUGAUACUGCUGUUACGGAUGUUCAUGGAACCCAAUGGAUGUCAGAAUUGAAAUGGAUGGGGGACCUUGCAGAGUCACGCCUCCUCGUAGAUGGAAAUGAACUUGCAAGACAACGGACAAAAGAAGAUGACGGGCUUGGGACAACUGGUCCCGCCCUAAAUACCAACGAUCUCUACUUAUGCUCAGAGUCGGUGAACGCCUUCCAAGGAGCCCUGGGGGGCGUUUGCGAAGGGGUGGAUCUUGUUUUCAAGUCUGGUCCAAUCCAGCGAGCGUUCGUCUGCAUUCGACCCCCCGGUCACCAUUGUUCAGCUAACUUCCCUUCCGGCUUUUGCUGGAUCAAUAACGUUCAUGUCGGAAUUUCCCACGCGGCAACAACCUACGGUCUGACUCAUGCCGCGAUCCUUGACUUCGAUCUUCACCAUGGUGAUGGGUCUCAAGACAUCACAUACGAUCACAACUCCAAAUUACUCAACAGAGCACAAAAGGCCGACUUGGCCAAAACUGAUACCAUGAAAUUUAAGGAAUAUGAAGACGCUCCUCCAUACACCAAAGCAGCAAUUGGCUACUACAGCUUGCAUGACGUGAACUCUUUCCCUUGCGAGAAUGGUGAGCGGGAGAAAGUCAUGGGUGCCAGCCUCUGUGUCGAAGCACACAAUCAGUCCAUCUGGAACGUCCAUCUCGAGAAGUGGGACGAUCUCGAUGGGUUCUGGAAGUUGUAUCAGACGAAGUACAACGCAUUGCUCACCAAAGCCCGCUCAUUUCUACGCGAACGUACAAGCGAACUCAAUCAAGAACGACAAGAGAAUCCUAGCUCUCCACUGCCCAAAGCGGCAAUCUUUAUCUCCGCCGGGUUCGAUGCCAGCGAGUGGGAAGGCAGCGGCAUGCAACGCCACAGCGUGAAGGUACCGACUGAAUUCUACGCCAAGUUCACCGCGGAUGUCAUCCGCAUGUCGCAGGAGGAAGGCCUCGGUGUAGAGGGGCGCGUCAUCAGCGUCCUCGAGGGCGGCUACAGUGACCGCGCGUUGUCCUCCGGUGUGCUCAGUCAUCUCUCAGGUCUGAGUGAAGACUCAUUCAAAAGUGAGUGGUGGUCUCAGAAUAAUCUGAGAGAAUUGGAUGCCAUCAUGGCUCCAACGCCCAGCAAAGGGCGCAAGAAGAGUGCUGCCACCUACCUGACAGCCACAAAGUCCUUUGCGGCAAAGGCCGUCACCCCCGGCAGAGACCGGAGGUCCACCGGGGACCCGCAAGCCAACAUCGCCGCCGCCCCUUUGCCGGAAGUGAGCUGGGCGGUGGCCACGGGGGAGCUCUCAAAGCUCAUCAUCCCCGAUGGCCGCCAGACACUAAGCUGCCGCCCGGCAGAGCUGAACCGCCAGCGGCGAGAGCAGAGCGCCCAGGACGGGGGUCUUGACCUCAAUAUCCCCGUCGAGAAGGGGCGCCAGCUGCGCUCGCGGAAGCCCAAGGAGUCGACCCCCGUGCCCAUCACCCCCCGCCCAGCCACCCCACGACGUCAGGCCCGAAAGGGCCCGAAGACCCCAAAGACUACCACUGCCGCCACGACCCUCCCUGCUGCCUCCCGCGAGGCCUCCCCGUCUGUGGGUGCCUCCCGUAGGAAGAGCACCAGUCUGACGCGCGCGGGAACUCCGCACCUGGGUGUCAGCCCCUUGAACCUCCCCCCAGUUCCACAGAUUCCAACUUCCGUGGGGGGAGUCGGGGGUGGCCCCCGGAUAAUUCUCAACAUGCCGGCGCGGGAGCCCGGUCGUGGCCGCAGGCUGUCCGGCGGUGCGGUUGACCACCACCGCCGCGGUCGAAGCUCAAAGUCACCUAUGAAGGUGAAGAAAAAUCGUGGGAGCGACUCCGGCGGAAGCUCGGCUGCUUCCACCGGCAGUUCUCCCCUGAUCGCAGCCAAGGAUGCCGCGAUGGAGGACGCUUAG